AGUCAUGUUUGCUAGGGUUUCUCCAGGCUAUGUGAUUUUAAUCAAGAUGAUGAACUUUGCUGAUUGGGGUUUUACUGGAAACCUUUUAACAGAGGCGUUGCUAGUUUGUUAGUGGAGUGGUGUUGGGUGUUUAAAAAUUCGAUCAAGGAACCAAAAUGGCGAUGUCGAAGUGCUGCUUCUUUUUCUUACUCCUCAUCGUGCUGGCGGCGUUAGGUGGGGGGGUUGGAAUCGUUAUCUGGGUUAUGAACAAAAAUACAAAAGUAGAAAAUGAGGAGGUAGCUACAACUCCUGCUCCUGAUAACUUUAGUGGGAGCAGGGAAGAGUGCGAGAACUGGUUACGAAACCCAGCGGGGACUUCGGUCAGGUUUACUGGUGUACUUGGUCGCAGUAGCCUCGCUACAAGAACCACCAUGCUUGAAAGGAGCAGCGAAAUAAUUACGAGAAAUGCCCACUGGUUGACCGGCGAUGAAACAAAAGACGCGACAGCUCUACGUGGGAUUCGUUUGGAGGCAUGUGGGGGCAAAAUACCGACAGUUGUAAUUCGAAUUCGGCCUACUGAAGGUCUUCAGUUGAACAAUGGUAUUUCGAACUGGGAUUAUUACAAGCCUACAUCGCCGAUUUCUACCUGGACAGAGUACGACGAAAAGUUGAAUUCUUACCUGCGAGUCCUCGCUCCAAUCCCCGCCGUUGUAGUUUUGGAACCCGAUCUUUUAAUGUAUGCUUUCGAUUCGGUAAACCAACAAUAUAGAUGGAGGAACGCACAAUAUGAAGAAGAAUUUCUAAAACGCGCUCGAAAAGUCAUUGUGAGAAUGAACAAGGCUUGGGUUUAUGUGGAUGCUGGUAACGCUGGGUACCUUGGUAGCAGCACUGCAAAUCUCGACCAAAUGGCGACAACUUUACUUAGACUUCCAGGACUGCGCGGCUUCUCGAUUAACACAAUGCAUUUCAUCAACCAAACUUACAAUAAUUUAAUUGCGAGUCGACUGCACUGUCGUACGGGUCUUAACUUCGUAGUGGACACAAGUCGUAAUCGAGGAGAAUUUUCAACCAAGUCAAUUCUUGAGAUGGAAAGAUGUUUGUUUGAUCCACCGCAUGUGCGAAAGGGGCAAAUACCGUCUUGGGGUUGGGGAUCAAAGACAGCGACACUAAGGACCAAACGAUACGCCCAGCAACAACAAGUUGACAGAAAUAACAACAACUUCCAACAAACUUCAUCUCCAACUGCGACAAACUCGAAUUCGAAUCGGUUCCGAGUAAGAACCGUUGCCGAAGCAUCUGAGAUGUUACGAUCUUUUCGAUCUCGGCUACGACGUUGCGCAACGAAACCUAAAUUCGCAGGAAACGAUGCGAAUUUGUGGCUUAAAACACCAGGAGAAUCGGACGGCAGACUUUACCCUUACGGGACGUUCAGAUCGUGUCUGCUUGAGCACGCACAAGGUUGCGACGACUCGUGUCAGAUGAACCAGCAGCGAGACUCGAACCAAAGACCUCAGCAAUGCCAAUGCGAUUCAUAAUAAUUUUUCAGCAUUUAACAUCACUUCGCUUUGUGUUAGUUCGAUUUAUGUUGGCGGAAAUGUAAAUCAGUUCAGUUCGUAUGUGUUGGGCCUUUAAUAUUGUGGUAAAAACAUCCACGGGCGUCUGAGGCUUGUAUGUGGUUGAUUGUUGUAUUUCGUGCAGAGGAGCGAAAAUCAUGAUAAAAUCAUUAAAUCACGGAUGUUUUACUAAUACAACUAUUUCACUAAUACA